AUGCCACAUACAGACACGGUCCCUUCGUCACCCCCUGGACCGAGCUCCUCUUUGGAAGAGUCACUGAGAUACUACAAAGCACAAUACGAAUUGCUAGAAGCGGAGCUUGCAGACUUCCAGGCUUCCAGUAAAGACCUGGAAGCGGAACUUGAACGUGAUAUCGAUGCGUCAGAGAAACGUGAGCGCCAACUCAAAGAGAGAGCGGCCAAUCUCCAGUAUGAGGUUGAGGAAUGGAAGACCAAAUACAAGCAGUCCAAGACCGAAGCGUCCAAUGUUCAAAACACACUGCAAAAGGAGAUUAGAGAACUCCGAGAGACCAACCGGGAGCUAAAUCUGCGCCUUCGCGAUACCGAGGUCGCCAAUGACGACUACGAGCGCAAGCAACGAAACACAGAGUCGUCCCUUGAAGAUUUGGAACAGAAAUAUAAUCAGACUAUCGAACGGAGCGUCAUGCUGGAGGAAGAACUCCGCUCCGGGGAACAAGAAAGAGAAGCGCUGCGAAUCGAAGCGCAAAGACUGCGCGACGAACUCUCCGACUUGAAGAUCGAGACCGACAUCACCAAAGAGAAGCUGCAAAAGGCCGUGGACCAACUAGCCCGCCGGGAACAGCACCUCUCAUUGCAGCCCAUUGCCGUGUCUGCUUCUCCGCGCUCAGAGCUGUCCCCGACGACAACGAAUGCUUCUUCGCCUACCUUCGACACCCCUCCACCGAAGGCAGGUUCCUCCUCUGGAUUGUCAGACACCCCAACUCCUCCAUCCCCUCCAAUCUCGGACAAGUCGGGUCAAGUCGCCAAACCUUUGGCAACACCAGGUAUCCCCAGAAAACGACCGUCUCUGCCGACGUCUCGCCCAUCUACUUCAGGAUCCACCGCCCCGAAACCUGCCGGUCAUGCUCGUGGCCCUUCAAUAGCAGCAUUGGCAAGGACAGCACCUUCGUCAUCGUUUCGACAGAGCUUGUCGAGGCCCGGAAAUGUACCGCAACGGCCGUCAGGGCUCCCUCAAUCCGCAUCUAUCAUCCAUCUCAGAAAUCUCCGCGGCAAAAUCGCGACAUUGGAAGAAAGGGUACAAACUGCUCGUUCAAAACUUCCGGCUCCUGUACGCACUCCGCCCCGAUCUUCACCUCGAAGUGGUUCGGCACUCGGUAAUCAUAAUCAUAUCCCUGCGUCUGUCACUGUCCGCAGUCGAAAACGGACGGGCGGCAGUACAAUCAGCGGGAACGAUUCUUUAGUGGAGAAGGUGCAAGAGACGCCGUCAGUUCCCAGAACGAAAGCAAGCCGAACCUCGUUAAAUCAGCAACAAUCUCCCACAAGAGCCGAAUUUUCGAUACCCAAACCCAAGACCAGCCGACCGUCACUAAACCAGCGGCCUUCUUCCCCGACCAGGGGCGACAUGGCCGCCCCGCCUCUUCGCCCAGCUUCGCGAACGAGUGGGUUCACAUCGGCACGGUCGUCUUUCGCGCCGUCACACAGCCGUCCAGGAAGCCGGGCGAGUGUCUCUGGCUUUCCCCGAGCGCCUCUGGGCAGUGGUAUAGGGUCCAAUUUCGCGCCCAAUGCAUCCACAGACCGAGUUCGGCCAAAAAGCAGCCUCAGUAAUUAUGGAAGCGGAUACGAUGGCACCAUGGACGAAGAGAGCGAGAACAGUUUUGUUGGCGGGGACAAUGAGAAUGGAAUUACCCCGACGCCCCGGCGCGCGACCUUUGCUCGAACACGUACUAGUGAUGUGGGAUCUAACAUUCCCAGUCCGACCAAACGGGCCAGCAUUGGUGGGACGGCGAAACUGCCCAAGCGACAGAGCAUGGGCCUGCAUGGGAAUUUGACGGGGCCAGGCUUGAAUAACGUACAGGAAGGGUACGAUGUCAAUGAGACUUUUUGA